GUAAUUCACGGUCUAUUAUGUUUUGCUUCCUGGCCUGACAGCUGUCACUGUACGACGAGGUCAAGGGGAAAGAAGCAUGGCUGCCUUGAUUAGGGGGUCUCGCAAUUUAUUGCCGAGGUGGAAUAAACAUGUCGCCCCUACGUUCGGGCCGAGCCGGUCGAUGGCCUCCAAGACGCCGGUGGGCUUCAUCGGCCUGGGUAACAUGGGCAGACCCAUGGCCAAGAACCUCCUGAGAAAUGGCUACCCUGUCAUCGCCACCGACGUCUUCCCAGAGUCCCGCAAGGAGCUGCAAGACCUGGGAGCACAGGUGUUUGACACCCCGGCGGAUGUGGCGGAGAAGGCGGACCGCAUCCUGACCAUGUUGCCCUCCAGCCCCAAUGUCAUCGAGGUGUACACCGGAGCCAACGGCAUCCUGAAGAAGGUGAAGAAGGGAACGCUGCUGAUCGACUCGUCCACCAUCGACCCCGCCGUGUCCAGGGAGAUGGCCGUCGCUGCAGAGAAGAUGGGCGCUGUGUUCAUGGACGCUCCCGUGUCUGGAGGUGUAGGGGCGGCCAGCCUGGCCAAGCUGACCUUUAUGGUUGGCGGGCCGAAGGAGGAGUACCAGGCGGCCCAGGAGCUCCUCACCUGCAUGGGAGCCAACGUCGUCUACUGUGGUGCGGUCGGCACUGGACAGGCAGCCAAGAUCUGCAAUAACAUGCUUCUGGCCAUCGGAAUGAUCGGCACGGCGGAGACCAUGAACCUGGGCAUCAGGUACGCCAGGCGCUCUCUGACCUCCAGGGAGGAGCAUAGUGCUGUCACUCAGCCGGGCCGGUCGGACACACUGUCUGAAUGGCGGAUUCUGUCAGAUGUUUGCUUCGUCAUCCUUAACUUGAUCGCUCGGUUCAGAUGUAGAGGUCAUUUUACUUUUUUAUUGGCGCAAAAAGUAGGUACACAACCUCUUCCAUUGUGCCCUAUUUGUUUUUGAAGCCAAAACAAACCUGUCCAUACAAAUCUCAAGUGUCAUUGUGUAGCAGAGGACCAUGCGGGACGUCUUGAUGUUGAAGGCUAGUCAGACACUAACCUGAGGGCAUUACAAGAGGGUCCAGUGAGUAACAGCUCUUAAACAAAGACAGAUAGGUCGGUGUCCAGUGCUGAGUCCACUCCCAAAUCACUGCCUAGAACUGUAGCAAGCUCUUUCAGAGAAAUGGUUUAGUAGCUGCUAGACUCCCUUAUCUCUGGUUGGGUUCAAUAGCAAUAUAUUUGAUUCCUGAGGCAUGUGCAUGCGUAGUGUGUUUUAGGGCUGGGUAAAAAUAUCGAUUCAUCAAUGCACU